CGGAUGGGCGGGCGUUUCUCGCGGCGGUGGUGGCGUGCUCGAGUUUGGCAGAGCGAGAGGGAUGCUCGAAGGAUUUCCAUGGGAUGAUCGUCAAGGUUGUCUCUCUGGAGAAAGCUCGCUGAUUGAGAUGUACGCGAAGUGUGGCAGCGUGAUGGAUCUGCGGAGGGUGUUUGAUAGAAUGCCGCUACACGAUGUGGUGUCCUGGACUGGAUUGAUUGGAGGAUACGUGCAAAACAACGAUCCGGAGUUAGCUCUGGAGCUCUUCGAACACAUGCAAGUUUGAAGGAUCAUGGAUCCAAACGAAAGCUCGCAGGAAUGAAAGGAGUGGCGAUUCAUUCCCAUGCCGCGGAGAUGGGAUUUGAGAAGGAUGUGUACGUAGCGAGCUCGCUGGUGGACAUGUACGCCAAGUGUGGCUGCCUGAGCGAAGCUGGUGCGGUCUUCGACAGGAUCAAUCGUCCCAAUGUCGUCUCGUGGAACUCCUUGCUGCUGGGAUGCGUGGAAAACGGGGAGAACGAGCUUGCUCUCCAGCUUUUUCGAGAGAUGAGGCAGCGGAGGAACUGUGCUCCAGACGAUCGGGCUUUCGUCUCGGCACUGAUGGCCUGCACAGGCAUCGCAGCGAAGGAACAAGGCAAGGUGGUCGAUGGAAAACUUGUGAAGCUGGGCUCUCUGAAGACCGGGAUGGUUAUCCACUGCCAAGCUUCCAAAAGUAACCUCGACUCUCACGGAUACGUAGUGAGCACGCUGGUUGAUACGUACUCGAGCUGUGGAAGCAUGCUGGACGCUCGCCAGAUCUUCGACAGGAUGCCACAGCACGACUUGGUGGCCUGGAACGCUCUCAUCCGGGGAUACGCCGAGAACGGUGAGCCCGAGCUCGCGGUGGAGCUAUACCGGGGGAUGGAGAACCAAGGCUGUGCUCCGGACGGGCGGACGUUUCUAGCAGCACUGACGGCUUGCGGGAGCUUGGCAGCACUCGAAGCUGGUCGAAGGAUCCACGACGACGUUCGUAGACACCGUGCCGAGAGUGAUACGUUUGUGGCCAACGCGCUGAUAGACUUCUACGGGAAGUGUGGCAGUCCGGUUGAGGCACAGGGCGUCUUCGACUCCAUGGAAGGAUCAACGAGGAACUUGGUGACUUGGAGUGCUCUCAUCUCGGGAUACAGCCGCCAGGGAGAUAGCCGCCGGGUGUUUGAUCUCUUCCAGGCAAUGCAGCAGCAACGCAUCCAGCCGGAUGGGAUAACUCUCGCGUCGGUUCUCACGGCUUGCAGCCAUGCCGGGCUGUCCGACCAAGGGAAGCUUCUGCUCGAGACGAUGGUGCCGAGAUUUGGGAUCGCUCCCGACGUUGGUCACUACAAUUGCGUGGUGGACAUGCUGGGACGGGCAAAUCGUCUGGACGAGGCAGUGAAGGUGGCGACCACGAUGCCGUUUGAAGCAAACGCGGUGACUUGGAAGACUGUGCUGGGUGCUUGCCGCAAGUGGAACAACGUAGAAGUCGCCCGACUUGCUUUCCAGUCCCUGGAGCGCCUGGAGGGGAGAGCUGAUGCGUCGAGCCUGGUGCUUUUCGGGAAUAUAGUCGGCUGUGAGACACCAAGAUAGCUGGAGGAGAUGCCAAAUUUCUGAGCGAGAGUAAGUUCGAGUGGCUACAAGCCGUGAGAAUGGAGAGAAAAGCUGAGAAGAACUCGAGCUAUACUGCCACUGUUCUUCAUAGCCGAAGCUCGGAUAUCACCAGAAGUAUGACCGACGGUCACCGGGUCUUCGACAAGAAUGACGAACAGGAAUAUGGUGUCCGAGACAACCUUCGAGCUCUUUGAAGUCAUUUCACCACCUUGCCGAACGUCGCUAGAGCGGUACAAGCUUUCAAUACGGCGACGAAGGCUCUGCAUCCGGGAGAAGCAGCAAAGGUCGCUCUCCAUCGCCGAGCUGAGAUCGCAGACGCCCGGGAGACCACAUCUCGGUUUGGCAUUCUCUUCCGGAGCUCCAAAGCUACUACCAGUACAAGAGCUGCAGCUUGCUCCUGGAAGCCUGUUUGUGGAUCUCUUUGCCUUAGUGGUGCGCAUGAGCAAGGGACCUAUGCUCGUGGCAGUAUCUGGGAACUUUAUAAAGAGGCUCAGGUGUCAAAUCAUCUGCUAUGUAUGGUUUCCCUGGCAAUGUCAAAGGAUUUGGCCAGAAGAGCUUGUGUGCUUUGCAAAAGAGAGAAGAAGAGAAGAGAAGCUUUCUCUUGAUUUGAGUUUUGUAGCUAUCACGUCAUGGUUGUGAAGAGAAGCUAAACACUCC